UCUGAUAAAGCCUGGAUUUCACACUCCGCCCCUAUUAAAACUCUUAUAUCCAAAGGCAAACAUUAUGAAACACUAAAAAUAAACAGUCUGAUGCUAACACGAAACGUGGAUAUGGAUCUACUGAGGCAUGAAGCUCAUCCACACUGAACCGAUCGAUCGUUGGUCAGCGUCAGUGUACUGAAAUGUGUUGUGGGAUAAGAUAAGUGCUCAUACGGAUACACAGUGAAAGUGUGCAGAAGAGUUUUAAAAACGCCGGAGAAACAUCAUGGCGAACAGCGUCACUCAAGAGUACAUGCAGAUCCCAGCCGUCACUCGAGCAUACACCACUGCAUGCGUCCUGACAACGGCAGCUGUGCAAUUGGAGUUAAUCACACCGUUUCAACUCUAUUUUAACCCUGACUUGAUAUUAAAGAGGUACCAGGUAUGGCGACUGAUCACAAACUUCUUGUUUUUUGGACCUCUUGGAUUCAGCUUCUUGUUCAACAUGAUUUUUUUAUAUCGUUACUGUCGAAUGCUGGAGGAAGGCUCCUUCCGUGGCCGAACGGCAGAUUUUGUCUACAUGUUCCUGUUCGGUGGUGUUCUUAUGACCCUCUUUGGUCUAUUUUCCAACCUGUUCUUUUUAGGACAGGCUUUCACUAUCAUGCUGGUUUAUGUUUGGAGUAGAAGGAACCCUUACAUCCGCAUGAACUUCUUUGGCCUGCUCAACUUCCAAGCCCCAUUCCUUCCCUGGGUGCUCAUGGGAUUCUCUCUGUUACUGGGCAACUCCAUUGUUAUUGAUCUCCUGGGGAUUGGUGUAGGACACAUCUACUACUUCCUAGAAGAUGUAUUUCCUAACCAACCUGGAGGCAGAAAGCUUCUUGCCACUCCUGGAAUUAUUCGAGUUUUGUUUGACACGCCUCAAGAAGAUCCGAAUUACGCCCCACUUCCAGAAGAUCAGGGGGGGAUAUCCUGGAAUGGACGAGGUGUAGAAGAUACCGGCCAAAAUGAAGGUCAAAAUGAGGAGGAUCCUCAAAGAGAUGAAAACUAAAAGGUCAACCCCCCCAAGACACAGCAAUAAAUCUUGUCAUGCUUUUAAUGUCCUCCUUGUUUUAGUUGAGGAAGUUCAUGUCUGCGUGUCAAGUUCUUUAAGUCAGACUGUGUAAUGGAAGACACUCUGGAUCCAAGGAAGUUGGAGACUGUGGCCACCUUAGUGCCUUUGUGUACAAAAUAAAUAGAUUUUGCAUUCAGUGCCAUCCACAUCACAAACAAGUUUUCCUUUGUUAUUUUGUUCUGGAAGAACAAUGCCUUUCUGUUUUACUUCACACCACGUUUUACGAAACAAUGCCGUUUUCUCGGCAACUUCUGUUUAAUGAAUGUUACAAAGCAGCGGUGGCUGGCAGGAUUGGAGUUGAAAGAGAAGCCAUUCAAUCUCCCAAACUAUAAUCCAUCAUUUUGGAGGGUGGUGUGAACUCCACAAGAGGGUAUUUUCUUGGGUACAAUACUGUGGCAUAUCUCUUUCCCACAACACAGUCAGUGGUGAGGCAGGUGGACACAUUCACAAAUGUGCCGACUAUCUGAAAUGCCAAAUUGAACUGCAGACUAUGCAUUUUCAAGCCUGUGGCCUUUUGUUAGCCCAGCACCAUUGCAAAAAACAAAACGCUUCAUGCAGUGAAACUGAAAGAUGGAUUGUCUGGAAGAAUUUGUGCUUCACAAAAAGAUUUAACAAAAAUUUCCUAAAAACAACAGGUAUGUGUACAUGGAUACUUGCGUUUUUCUCUGUCUGAAGGCUGAUGAAUGAAGUUUUCUGUUGUAUUAUAUUUACCAUUUGAUUGUUUGUUGAAUAUUUCUGCUUUACAAAUAAAUUUUUAAACCUA